AUGAGGGCGGUGGGGCUGCCUGUCCUCCAGCUGCGCGUCUGGGACUCCUGGGACCCCAAGCGGCUCAGGCCGCGCGGGGGCGUCCACAGCAGGUCCCGCGAUGGUGUAACUGAGCCACAAACUUUUGCCGACUCCCGCGGCCGCAGCCGCCCGCAGCCCUACUCCAGCCGCGGUCCGGCUUGGGCGCGGGACCUCCUUAAAGAAAAGCACGUGGGUAGGGGCCGCGGCCCCCGCAAGUCGCCUGGGGCGCCGGCUUACACUCUUGGUCCCGAACUGUGGCGGGAAAAUGAGGAUGCGUCCCCGCCCGCCUUGAGGCCGGUGAAGCCCCUCUGCUGGCGGUACCUCCAGUCUCUACCGCGCACCUUGUGUCUCCUUCCUAAACCCCUGGACCCAGAGAACUCCCCACCAUCUCGCUGCCUGAGCCGCCGGUCCCCCUUAAGAAGUAUUGGCUGUACGGCGGCGCCAGAGGGCCAAACUAAAUUCGGUUUUGGGAAACGCGCUUCGGGGGUAAUUCUGGAAAUCUCGGGCCGGUGCACAGACUGCGGGAAGCCGCCUCAGUCUAGUGUACCCGGAGGUAGGCCGCCAUCUACUCGCCGCACCUACGCGGUGGGCGGCGUGCGCGCAGUCAUCCCCUCAAAAGCAGAGGCCUGGGAGGCGAGGAAGCCUCUGGAAGAGAAAGGGUCCCAGAAACUAAACCUGCCCCGGCCUAAGUCUCAACGCCCAGAUCUCGGAGUACCCCCGCACCCAGGCGCCGCCCACCAAGUUCCAAAGCAGCCCGUGGCCACCCGGGAGGCGGUCGGAGCCCAGCGGAGAAAGGAAGCAAGCUUGAUAGUAAACCUUCGGGGAGCCACCCUGGGAGUUUUAGGCAGCAUUUUCCUUUCCUUGUUUUUUUAUUCCCCAAACCCCAUCUCCCCUACCUCCCUGAACGAACGGGUUAGAGAAAAUGCAACAAUUCGAAGUCUGUGAGAACAAAGUGGCUCAAGUAAACCAACUCGUGGUGGUAGCUAAAAGGUUUUUGGCUGCAAAGAAACUAAUCCUCCUCCGGAUCAGUGUCCAGGAACUUAGAAGAAAUGGUGAUAUUAGGACUUCAGUACUUCUGGAAAAAAAAAAUGCAAAUGGUUUAGCCAGGAUCUUUCCUGUCUGAUUCGUCACUAUUAUUAUAUCUGAUGAU